AUGUUUCAAGAUCAAAAAGUCAAAGUCAAAGUCAAAUUGACUAAUCUAGAUGAUCCGUCAGUCAAUGCUCCUAUUGACUUCCUGAGAGAAGAUGUCAAAUACGCACAAGAGCAUGACUUACAGACUUUAAGUAUCUUUACUGCAAGCCAAACCAAAGAUGAUAAGCCUCUCAUGGACGCCGUUGGAAACCCUUCCACAUCUUCAUCCAAGAUUUGGGUAAUUUAUAUCCAUGGGGGAGCAUGGCGUGAUCCACUUGUUACAUCCUCUUCUUUUAUUCCAACGAUCAAUUGCCUUGCGUCUUCAUCUAUUGAAUCUAAGAUUGCCUCAUUUGCAUCCAUCAAUUAUCGUCUAUCUUCUCAUCCAUCAUUUCCUCAAGAUUCUUCUUCAAUUCCGAGACACGAAUAUCGCGAUGCUAAGCACCCUGAUCACAUACAAGAUAUAUGUUCUGCACUAUCUUAUUUACAAUCUAAAUACUCCAUCGAAGAUCAAUAUUUACUCGUUGGUCACUCAUGCGGUGCAACAUUAGCAAUGCAAAUUUCAAUGGGAAAAGAAUAUUUAUAUUCUUGUGGUAUACCAAAUGAGCAGUUGAAUUUCAAACUCCCACGAUAUGUUCUUGGAGUAGCUGGAAUCUACGACUUAAGAUUACUUCGUGACACGCAUUCUCAUCCUGCAUACAAUGAGUUUCUCACUCAAGCGUUUGGAUCAGAUGAAAAAAUCUGGGAUGAAGUUUCACCAGCGAAAAUUUCCAAUUUUGAGGAAUUUGGAAAGAGUGGAAAGAUUCUUGCUUUUUCUACUUCACCAGAUGAUGAUUUGGUUGAUGAGUUACAAAUCGAUGUUAUGGUGAAGAGUGUGCAAGGUAUUAAUGGAGGAGUAGUGGUGAAAGAUCUCAAAAAUCAUUUGGAAGGAACUCACGACAAAAUAUGGGAGACUGGAAAUUUGGCUGAUGCUAUAGUUGAGUUAUUGAAUUCAUCUGAGUAG